GCCUGAUGUCAGGCGGAGUGCGUGGUCGCGUCGGUGCGUCAGUUCCUGUUUGAAGGAUCGUGCCUGAACAGAUUGGGGCCCUGAGCUGUCGAGCGAGAUGGGACGCGGAGCUUGGCGGCGGCGAGCCGACAGGGAGACAAUACGGUAGAGGCUCCGGAACAGAGUGUCCUUUCAACUGUACGACUGCGACGCGCGGCGGAAAGUGAAAAGGCGAAGGAACGGCGGUGGCUACUGCCUCCGGAUCCGGCCUCUCUUCAACACCCUGAGAGUUGUGUACUCAUUGAGCUGAGUAACUUUUAUGCAUGGCUGAAUCUAUGUGGAGGAUGUGGGGUAUGUGAAAUAUUUGGAGUACAAUAUUUUGGUUCAGUGUGUGGUGGCGAUGGCUGAGCAGGUAGAGAAGGAAGAAAUAAUCAAAGUUUCCAUGUUCCAGGGAGAUUCCCACAGUGUAUGGAGAGCCCCUCGCAAUACACCAGUCAUCACCAUCUCUGACGAUUCUGACUCGGAUGAUGAACCAUCAGUUGUGUCUAUCGAGAAUAAACUGACAGAAGAUCAAGAUGUUGUACUAAUUGAGACACCAGUGAGACAAAUUCGACCUCCUAUCAUCAUCCAGCCUGCAUCCGAAUGGCAAAAAGUUCAACAGGGAGAUCAACCAACGGAAAACCAGGGAGCUAAUGGAAACGUCCAUGAGGAGAGGAACUGUAUCAUCGUGACUCAACAUAAUCAACAUAAACUUGUGUCAGAUAUUGGGGCUCGGGUAGAACCAGUUGAAGCCCAUCCUCAGCCAGCCAAGAAUGUGGAGGCUGUCCCAGCUGCAGAGCAUUGCCUUGAGCAAAGGAAUGAGGAACAAAAUUGGGUGGAUCCUGGAGCAGCUGCCGGUCCCAGUGAACCUCCAACUGGGCAAGCAAAUGAAAUAGAACUACUGGACACUCCAGUUUGUUCAGCAACAAAGACAGUGGGAGCAGAGCAGGAAGAAGCACAAGUGAAUCUGGUGACGGAGCAAGAUCCUGUAUUACCUCAGCCAGAUGUGGUACAGGAAGCUCUCAGAGAUGAGAUUCAGCCAAUUAAUAAUCAAAUUGUGCAAGAACAGCAGAGGGAAGACUCACUAGAUAAUAUAAUAAUGGACUUGGAAAAUCUUGAGGAUGCUACUGGAGAAGGCAACGAACUCUUAAAGUCACUAGUGAAAGAAACAGUGAAUCUGUUUCCUGAAAUAGAAGAACAAUUUGUUGAAGAGCUGAUUACAACACAUGAAAUCUGGGAUUUAAAUGUCUUGUGCAACCAUCUCCUAGAAAAUCCUGAUUAUCCGAAGAAAAGUUUAAUUUUCACACACAACAGCAGUUUGCUUGAAAGUAAUGAAGAGAAACCCAAGAUCGAUUUCUUUGACUUUUCAAAGCUUGCACCUGUGAACCAGCAAUGUUUUCUUCAGGCUUCUGACCUCCUCAUGGCAGAUUUCAAAAUGCUCAACAGUCAAGACAUCAAAUGGGCUUUACAUGAGCUCAAGGGACACUAUGCAAUCACCCGCAAGGCCUUAUCAGAUGCCAUUAAACAAUGGCAAGAAAACUCACCACAAUCCAGUCAGAAAAAGACCAGACGAAAAGAAAUGAGCUCGUCUAAUUCAAUCAGUUUCAAAUUUGAACAAGGUGCCUUUAAAAGAGAGAGACAGAUGCGCUUUCUGGAAAACAAAAGACGACACUGGAGAUCAUAUGACCGGGAUGGCCUUCAUCCACUAGUGCGACAAGAGCUGGAGUUUUUCCAUCAGAGGAUGAAAGAGAUGGAAGAGUAUGCAGAUUUUCAAUUUGCUAUGCAAAUGAAUGAAGAACAAUAUCAGAAGGAUGGACAGCUGAUUGAAUGUGGCUGCUGUUAUGGGGAAUUUGCCUUUGAGGAGUUGACACAAUGCAGUGAUGGUCAUCUCUUUUGUAAAGAAUGCCUCGUGAGAUAUGCACAGGAAGCUGUGUUUGGAGCUGGCAAGUCCCAGCUGAGCUGUAUGGAUAGCUGCUGUACCUGCACGUUCCUCAAUGGUGAGCUGGAGAAAGUAUUGCCAGAGAACAUACUAUGCAAAUACUAUGAACGUCAAGCAGAGGAGGCGAUUGCUACAGCCUGUGCUGAUGAACUUGUACGAUGUCCAUUCUGCAACUUCCCAGCACUACUGGACAAAGAAAUAAAUAUGUUCAGCUGUCCCAACCCUCGCUGUCGAAAGGAAAGUUGCAGAAAGUGUCAGGUGUUAUGGAAAGACCAUGCUGGGCUGUCGUGUGAUCAGGUGGUCGAGAAAGAUGAAAUCAAGUUCAGGACUUCAUUCGAAGAGAAAAUGACAGCAGCAGCGAUCAGGAAAUGUCACAAAUGUACAAUGGGUCUCAUAAAAUCAGAAGGAUGCAACAGGAUGUCUUGUCGUUGUGGGGCCCAGAUCUGCUACCUCUGCCGAGCUCCAAUAAAUGGCUAUGACCAUUUUUGCCAACACCCACGGUCACCAGGUGCACCUUGUCGUUUGUGCAAGAGAUGCUCUUUGUGGACAGAUCCUAAGUUAUCAGCACCCACUCUUGCAAGCUGGUUUCCUCAGGUCUAUGCUGGCACCCAACUGAGUUUCUCCAUCAUUCCCAUGUCCCCUCCUUUUCCUUGCAGCCCUGCAAUGUAUUCUUAUUCUCAUGUGUCCAUCAAUGCCCAGAAGAAAUUGACAGUGGCCUAAAAAUCCACCUGCCUUGGGAUGUGGGAAGAAGCCGUAGAACCUGGCAGAAACCGAUAUGCUUAUGUGGGGAACAUGCGAACUCCAAGCAGACAGCACGCAAGUUCAGAAUCAAAUUCCGCUCUUUGGGGCUGUGAGGCAGCAGUGCUAAGUGCUACGCCAUGUGACCCCGUGACAUAUGUACUUGUACCACGUUUGUGUUCAUCUUUUCAUUGAAAACGCAGAUUCGUUUUGACACCGAAAACCAACAGAGUUUACCAUAUUUGGUCUCUGAUUGCUAAUUGCUGCAGGUGUCUUGGCAUUUUGCCAAUCUGCAACAGGUAGUCAACGUUAGGUGAUGUAUGCAAUGUGCUUUCAUUUGGGGAUGAUGAUGAUAGUAGCUCUAAUAAUUGAAUAUUGCCUUUUUGGACCAGUUUUAAAUUUCUGGGGUUCAAAACGGCAGGACAAAUGAAAAGUUCAUAUGCUUUGACAGGUGGUCCUACAAGACCAUCCCAGGCUGGAAGAUUACAAGAAAGAUUUCAAAUAAUUUCCAGGUAAAUCAUAUGUUCUAGGCAAUGGACCCAAUUACAAUAUUGUGGCCAACUCUUCCUCUCUCAAUUUUUUUUUACCAUUAAUCUUGGACACACAAUUUGUUUAUACAUUUACUCAGCUAGACUAUGCCAUCAGUAUGUGAUUUCUAAUUUCAAGGGUACCAUAAGCAUGGGAACAAUAUCACUUGUUGGUUCCUCUGCAAUCACAGACCAUCCUAACAUGGAAAUAUGUCACUGUUCCUUCACCAUCACUGGGUUUAAAUCCUGGAAAUCACUAGUUAAUACCUAUUAUUAUAGGGAUGCUUUCAUAAGAAAGACUGGUGCUUCAAAAGGGUAGCUCACUAAAGGCAGGCAUUGGCAACAAAUCCCAAAUUUGUCAGCAGCAUUUGCAUUCCCAAAAACUAAAAUCUUUUUAUAAAAGAAGAUUGGGUUGCAGAUAAUAUGAAACGAGAGAAAUAUUUCCCUGGAAAGUAAACUACCUGUGAACAAUAACAGUGCAUCACAAUGUUUUGUAAAGAACUUUUAAAAACUCUGCAGCUGAAAUGUAUUACAAGAUUUGUGUAGUCUAAUAGGUUUUUUAACUGCUUGAUUUCCUUCAUCUUCCCAGAAUAGACAGAUUGUGGAGAUACCAAAUUAACUUUUAGAAGGUGUUUUAUUAUUCUUUAGGGAAUUGCUGCAAUUCUCCAAAAAAAUCUAUUAAUGAUCAGAUCUUAUUAUUUUAAACCAAGAGUGCCUAUAAAUAUAACUUAGUCUAAAUUUCAGUCAGCUUUCAAAGAAUGUAGCUUUAAAGGUGUAAACAAGAAUCUCAAUUUGUUAAACCAAACCAAAAACAGACCCAGAGGCCCAGUCAAGAUGGGUUUUUGCUGUGAUAUUCCCUAAAGCCAAAAACCUGGCAGUGUUUGCAGAGUAGAUGAUAAGAUAAAUGUGAAGAAUGAUUAUUUGGGCAAAGAUAGAACAAGGGAGACUGACCAAGAAUACAUUGAAAUAUUCAAAUCAUAUGUCCAAAGUGAAAGUCUCUGGUAAUGAAAUGGAUGUUAUUUGUGCUGCUACCUAAUUUUAAGCAAGAAAAUGCAACAUAGCCUUGUGUACCUGUGUUGAAGGUAUAUCUGUACUAACACAAGGUAAAUAGGAAUGUCCCAAGAGACCUUCUUUAAAUAUCAACAAUUAUAAUGGUGUCAAUUCAACCUAUUUUUGUUUGAUGUUUUCAGUAAGAGUAAAUGACACUGCAAUAGCUUUGGAAACCUGAUGGUCAUUUUAAAAUUCCAUUGUAAAAUCCCUCAAUGCAAAACUAAUUCACUUUCUGAUGACUUACAGUGCCACCUUGAUUAAUGCGGGUUAUUAUUGCUAUACUUACUUGUUUGAACAAUUUGCCUGAAAUCCUACCCUGAAACAGUUUAAUCCUGCACAACAAUAUCAAAUUCUCCUUAUCUUUUUAUUUCUUGUGAGGUAGAGAUUCCUUUGAUUAAUCAUUUUAUGUUUGUUUUGCUACAGAUGAAACUGUGUGGAUGCAGGUUACAUUGACAAAGCUUUAUAUGAUUUGUCAACAAAUAAUUAUAACAAUGUAGGAGAAUCCUGAUGGUUAGGUAUUUAAAUAAAAAAAACCUGCUAUGCUGCCAUACCCUCACCUAGCUGUCAGUUUUUAAAAAAAAAGUUAUCAAGUAAACGCACUCUUGAAUAAAUCAGAGCAUGUUAGUAUAUGAACUGAAUGGUAUGUUUCUUUCCUCAGACAAACUGCUUGAUGAUUGCAGUUAUGCAUUGAUUUAAAGAGAGACAUGAUUGCUGGGAAUAAUGCUCUUGUAUAUCAGAUUUGAUCUGAAGAAAGCCAAUAACCAUACAAAAUCUUAGAUUAAAAAUAGGAGGGAGGAAUUGUGAAGACUGGCAAUGGAUUGGAUGUGCCACUCAAAAUUUGGAUACAAGUCGAGUAGUGUGCCAGCUUUUAUAACCAUCUCAUUCAACUGUCCGUAGCUAGUGUGCGUAACUGCUUAAGCAACUGGAGCAGGAGACUUAAGUAUUUGGAGAGGGAACAUUACUAAGUUUCUUCUGUUGAUAUUGCAAAAAAACUGAUUCAGAAACUAUGUAAAAUGAUAUCCUUGGUGAAAGCAUUCAUGGCUCUGGGAAAUGGCAAACAAGCAGCUUUGUUGAUCCAAAUUGCAUUGCAUUGACCUUGUAUCCUAUCAACAAUAGAUGAAUUAAAAUAUAAAAUACAUGGUC